AGCUCCUAAGUAUGUGGAUGCUACGAGCCCCUCAAUUCUACGCAUCAGCACAGCCUAAGGCUGCAUGGCCCUGAUCGCGAUACCCACUUCGGACGAGGCUGAGCUCUGCCUUGCGGCGGGCGUUAGCUGUAACAUGGCUACCUCCGACGUAUAAGCCUGGUCUCCUCAAGGCUCUCGCGCCAUCUUUUCCUCCGGUCAGUUUCGUGGACAGCUAAGUGCACAUAUCAGCGCCAUCCUCUGUUGCUUUCUUUUCUGUUCCAGCAUCGCCUUGUUCCCUGUCGAAUGUUUUCUUGAUCAUAUACACAUUUAUUCUUACUUCGCAAUCAUGGCCGAGGCCGGUCUGUUAUUGAGCGUUGCGUCGUUGACGUUCCAAGUCUUCUCGGGAUGUGUCCAAGGCUACCAGCUCAUCACCGAUGCGAAGAACAUGCCCAAAGAGUUCCAGUAUCUGCGAGUCCGCUUAAAGACUGAGCAAUAUCGACUCCUGGAUUGGGCACAUGUCGUCCAGCUGGACGAGCAAGAUGAUCGUUUGCUUAUCAGCAACGCCAGCAAGGGCACUUUACUAGACGUGCUCGACCAGCAGAACAAGCUCCUCCAGGCGUUCGGAAAGGUCGACGAGAAGUACAAGAGGCUUCGAAAGCCACUCUUGACGGACGCGGAGGAACUCACGGGCGAAUUUCCCAAUCCGCCACCAUACACGCCGGAAACCUCUCCUUCAGAACCGACAUCCCCAAAUGGAAUCCCUGGAAUCAGCCGGGCCGACACAAAUUUCCAAAGCAGAUUCCCGCAGUCGGAGAUUCUCAUGAAGAAGGCUCUCAGCUGGGCCAGCCAGACUCGCACGUACCCCAAACGGCUGGCAUGGGCGAGUUGGGACAAGACGAAAGUUGAGCAGCUCAUCCUCAAGCUGACGGCGUUCAACGACUUCAUGCGCGAGAUGCUAAACACCAGCCAGCUCCAGUCUCUAGCUGUGAAGCAGACUAGGACCGAGUUCCAGAUCAUGCAGCUGAACGGUAAGAUGGAGCAGCUGGUGCAAAUCUUCGAGUCUGCGUUGUCGUUGAAGGGCUCCAGGAGUCGUCCACCUACAGACCCUCUGCGUGCCUUUCUCCAAGCACGCGGCCUUGCUGAUAAGGAAGAAGAACUGGCUGCAGAGCCUAUCAUGCACAACCUUGCCCUACUUGCCCAGAUCAAAGCUCUGAAUUCCGCCAUCGACUCUGGUACUCUCACCGAUGAGUUCACCAAAGACCUCGGACUAGGCCACACAGCCUCCGAGAUCCGCUCCGUCGAGCUCGACAUCAAGAACAUCAAAUUCAUCGGCCCGGAGCCCGAAGAGCACGGCGAAAGCCAACGCGUCGAAGCCUUCUACCAACUCCCCUCCCAAAAGCGCCGCCAAGUCUGGAUCGAAUGGAAGUCCUACGACCCUCACACCUUCAACUCCGGGCCCGACGACAAAGUCCACGAGCGCGUCAAAGCCCUCGCCGCGCUCCUGAAAGAAAACAACCGCACCGACCAGUUCCGCGCCCCCCACUGCCUAGGCUACUUCCGCGACAUCGACCCGGAGGGCGAAGACCACUGCCGCUUCGGCCUGGUCUUCGAGAAGCCCGCCGGCGUGCACCAAUCCACGCGGCCCAUCUCGCUGCUCGAGCUCCUGCGCGACACGGCCCCGGACGCCGAGAUGCCCUCGCUGACGGACCGCAUCGCGCUCGCGCGCCGCAUCUCCGAGUGCAUCGAGCGCCUGCACGCCGUCAACUGGCUGCACAAGGGCCUGCGCUCCUCCAACAUCCUCUUCUUCAGCGACACGGGCGCCCGCGACGUCGACUUCAACCUGCCCUACCUCUCCGGCUUCGACUACUCGCGCCCCGCGCAGAACGAGGACAUGACGGAGAAGCCGCCCGAGAACGCCGCCUCGGACCUGUACCGGCACCCGCGCGUGCAAGGGUCCGGGAACCGCGAGACGGCGUCGGCGGGCGGGUUCAAGAAGAGCUAUGAUUUGUAUAGUUUGGGGGUUAUUUUGCUCGAGAUUGCGUACUGGCGGCCGAUUGAUGAGGUGUUAAAGAUUCCGAAUCUGCAUGAGGCGAGGCCGAGCACGACGAUUAAGGUGAGGGGAAGGCUGUUGGAUGAGAAGGAGGGGUAUUUGAGGCAUGUGAGGAGUCAUUUGGGGAAUACCAUGCAUGCGGUUGUCAAGUCGUGCUUGGAAGGGCCGCUGGCGUUCGGGUUGAAGGAUGGGGAUGAUGAGAAGAUGGAGGAGGUGGGGGCGGAGCUACAGCGGCAGUUUUAUGAGAAGGUGGUUAAGGAGCUGGGAGAGAUGAACGUUUGA